UUCGCUUUUUAAAAUGCUACCUUUGAGGUCGUAUAAUUCUGGUGUUUUAUUGGGUAACUGGUGGGAGGAGAGAAUAUUAGAAAAAGAAGAAAAGUCUGCGCGAUACAGUAAAAAUGAGGAUCAGUUGUCAUCUAAACACUUUCUCAGUUUACUCACAGAGAGUACUCCUACUAUGAUUCAAUGCUCAGCGAUGCCGUCAGAUGGAUAUUUGCGUUUUGGGUCUAAUGUUCAGAUAAUAAAUCCAGGAUCAUCUCCAUAUUACGUAAAAUGUGGACUUGCGACCACACGCCCACCUCAUUCUCUUGGCCUUUCAAUAGAUAUCUCAUGCAACCUAACUUUGGAACUUUCUAAUUCCGAUGACAAUAUUUUUGAGUCUUUGGGAAGAAAUGGUUUACUGAGUGUUACCGCAUCAAAGAAUGUACAGCCAUCUGCAAAAAAUGUUUUCCGGAUAUUCUGUUUACAUGAGAGCCAAUAUGGUCGAGUAAUUCGUUACGGUGAACCAUUCGUUUUUGGAUUACAACCAGACAUCAUCUCAUCAAAAUGUAAUGCUGCACUAAAGAAAAAGUUAAAUACAGAUCAAUGUCUAUAUUUGGCUAGUGAUCUACAACACCUAGGUGAUCAAAAUUUACAGCCAGGUGCACAAAGUCUAUACUUUGAAGUUGGGAGACCAUCAUUUCUGUCUCAGUGGCGUUUGGAGUAUGAAGACCCACACUUACGUAAAGAGUUUGAAGGUAGGCCAGUAAAGGUAAGAAUAAUAAAUUUGUGAUGUAAACGAAACAUUUUAAGGAUAUUAAAGAAAAUUGGUAUUACAGAAAAAUGUAUUCGCCGACAUUGUUGUUUCGCUAUAAAUAAUUUGUUCUUGAAGUUUGGCUAGUUCUCUGUUUUUGAAACUUAUAAUAAUGAUAUUUUUUAUGAAAGGCUCAGUAUCUCAGUAAUCAGAGCGUCGUGGUUUUGAUAUUAAAGGCACUGGGUUUGACUCCAAGUUCAGACAUUACUGGGUUUCAGGCAUGUACUACUAAAGAAACGCUUAUCUCGAAUUCUACUACAAACUGUACCCCAUAUAUUCUAAAUUUUUCUGUUACAUUUUUAACUCGUCAGUUUAGUAGCAAUAUAUUACGUAAAACAUGUUAAGAUCUAAUGUGGUAACUGUCCCACUUCCUUACAUCAAUUUUUUAUGAGAGUGAGCAAAUUACCCACCUUUUCAGAAGUCAAUUUUAAUUAGUUUUUAAAUUUUAACCUUAUUUUUGUUGAUUAAUCUAAACAAUUAUUUCAUUUUAUCUGUUUACUCUGCCUCAUUCCUUUUUUAUAAUCACUGAAUCAGUUCCCUCAACAUUAUAUGUACACCUUACCAAUAAGUUCUAACCAACGGAAAUUCUUUGUUCAAAGUUCACUGUCCAGCACAUUCAACCAAUAAAAAGCUUCAAUAAACGUUUGUAAGGAUCUAUUUGGUAAUCAGUGAUAUGAAAAAAACUUCUUCCAACGUCUUAUUUGAAAGUUUAUUUUAUAACUUUCAAUGUUUUGCUUCUUACUUUUGUUUUAUUUUAGUCUGACCAAAAGUUAAUCAUCAAACAUGUUCGAAGUAAUAAAGCAUUAGCCUUGGAACCAAGUUUUACAGCUCGCACAUUAUUCGGACAAGAAACCUGCUUAAGCGUACGAACAUACUAUGAUUCUCAUAAACUGGAGCGUGACGUCAAUGUUUGGAUGUUAGCAACAGCUAAACAACAAGGUUUAUCAUCUAUUUCAGAUGAACAAGCACCACAUAAAAUUCUUGAAAAUACUUCUUUGGAGGGUGAUUGUGCAGCAGGAUCAAAUCUUAGCGAUGAAAAACAAGUUCAUUUUGAGCAGAAUACCAAUUCAACUGAUGCGUGAAUAACAUUAUAGACCUUUAUUAUUUUAUACGUAUUUAGUUAACUACUUAAAAGUUUGAAAGUAGUUAAACGGUGACAAACAAUUAUUCAGUAAUAUAUGUAGGUGAAAUUUUACAGUAGAACAUCUAUCAAUUCAUCAUCGCGUAUUAUCUGAAGUAUAAAAUACAAUUCUAAUCCAUGCACUUCAAAUCAACUGCUUUUGAAGUGUCUACUAAUAAAAAUUUCCUAACUAUCAAAAUAGUGUUAAUAAUUUUAAAAAGUAUAAUUUAUUUUGAUAUACCUGAUAAAUAUCUAUUUGAAAUUACAUAGUAAAUAAUAAAUGAACACUCAU